AUGCCGCCCCCGGGUCACCCGCUGCGUGCACGCGCGAUUGGUCUGACGCAGCUCCAUCGCCUGGGGCGCGAGUACCCCGACCCCAACUACCAUUUUUUGCCCAAGCUGCGCGCCAUGUUCCGCAAAAAUGCGCACCUGACCGACACUCAGGAGAUUGAAAGCAAGCUGGCACUCGCCGAGUUUGUCAAGCGCGAGACGGAAACGCUGUACCGACUCAAAAAGUACCGCACGCUGCGCCGCCGAUCUGUUUCAUCAUGGUCGCACGGCCGCAAAGCCUGCCACCGCGCGACGGCUGCGCCACAGCACCACCGCUACCGCGGAGCCGUGGCGCGAGUCUCACUCCUCCACAUGACCAUCCCCGACUACUACGGCAUCCUUGGCGUACCGCCGACGGCAUCCCAGGAAGCCAUCAAGAAAGCGUACCAGCGCGAGUCGCUGCGCUCGCAUCCUGACCGCUUUCCGAAUGCGACGCCCGAGGAAACGCACGCUCACACGCAGCGCUUCCAGAACUAUAUGCUCUCGGACCCUGCGCGGCGCGCCGAAUACGACAGCAUGCGCACACAACAGGGCUACGCAAGCAGUGCCGACGACGCGUCGACGCAAGACGAGAGUGCGCGUUUCUUCCGCAUGUUUGGCAGGGGCGGCCCGAGCGAGCAGCCCCAAGCGCAGGGUCUCUUUGCGGAUGUGUGGGAAGAGAUGCUGCGCCCGGAGGUCGAGCACCACAUCGCCGGGUUUGUGCUGGGCUAUAUUCUGGCCAAUUGGCCGGGUGGUACGUACAAGCCACUGACGCAGCGCUGGGUGGUGCCACGAUCGGGAACCGGCUCGGCGCCGUGCGCGACGCCAAGGGGCAGUCGGUGA